AUGAGACAACUUAAUCUGGUCAUUGCUGACGAGCAUAGUUUGGCUUUUGUGUCUGAUAGGAAUUCCUCAAUUGCUAAAGCUAUUGCGAUAGUGUACCCGCAAGCUCAUCAUGGAAUAUGCAUUCACCACUUGCUGAAUAAUGUUGUAACAUAUUUCAGUGGGAAAGGUAUGGCUGGUUUGGUUGCAAAGGCUUCUAAAGCUUAUCGAACUGCUGAUUUUCGUAAGCUGUUCACUGCUAUUUACUCUAUUAGUCCUGAAAUUGGAAAUUAUCUCAUAGAAGCUGAUGUGAGGAAGUGGGCUCGUUGUCAAUUCCCUGGUUACAGGUAUGAUAUCAGGACUACAAAUCCUGCAGAGUCGGUAAACUCUGCUUUGCGUACGCCUAGAGAGUUUCCAAUAAUACCUUUGUUGGACAAUAUUAGGGAAAUGAUGACUCGAUGGUUUUUCGAACGUAGAACUUUAAGUUCUAAGCACUCUAAGCCACUGACCAUUGCUGUUGAGAAGAAGAUUGACAGAAGGAUUGAGAAGGGUAAAACGUUUAAGGUCUUUCCAGUUAGCGAUGACAGAUUUUUGGUUCAAGGUGACACUUUUGACUGCUUGGUUGACUUGGUCAGACGCACGUGUUCUUGUGGGAAGUUUGAUCUGAUGAAAAUCCCAUGUAGGCACGCCAUAAAAGCAGGCUUCAGUGUGGGAAUAAAAGCACACACACUCACGGACGACAUAUACACUACUGCCUCAUGGUACUCUGCUUAUGAAGAAAGCAUAAAUCCUAUUGGGGUCCCUGAAGAUGCAUGGACUGUUCCAUCUGAUGUGGAGCAGUCGAAAGUCCUUCCUCCAAAGAGUAGACGAGCUGCAGGUAGAAGAAAGAAACGCAGAUAUGAGACAGCUGAAGAUAAGAUCCGUUCGUCACAAGGAAAUCAAGGCUCUUUAGGUCGCAAAUGCAGCCGAAGUGGGAAUCGAGGGCACGAUAGGAGAACAUGUGAUCGAGCACUAUAG